UAUACCGUUUUAUACCAAGUGUUUAUAGCUAGGCGUAAUACAACAAACUUUUGGAAACGACGACGGUUUACCGGGAAGUUUGACAGUUUGCGGAGUUUGACAGCUGGCGAUUCGGAAUUUGAAAAAUUGACGUUACAACUGAAAGAUGGCGGGUCGGUGUGGGGUCAAUGCCCCCUGCUAGCAUGCUGAACUACCAGAACAUUUGACGGCUGCUUUACCCAUGCGGCGGUGACGCGAUGUCGGUCGCGCCGGCGGUGAAGCGCGAGCUGGAGCUGGAGAGCGGCGGCGCCAGCCCGGGCCGCAAGCGGCGCAAGCAGGCCGCGCCCUCCCGCGCGCCGCAGCCGGCGCUCGCCCCGCCGACCCCGCUCGACCUGCACGCCAAGAUGCACGACAUCUACAAGUCCGCGCUCGCCUUCGGCGACCUCGCGCUGCCCGCCUUCGACCCCCUCGCCGCCUUCCGCCUGCUCCCGCGCCACGACCCGCCGCGCAUCUUCAACCCCGAGGCCUACUGCGACCUCUGCUGCAAGGAGUUCUGCAACAAAUACUUCCUCAAGACGCACCGGGCCAACAAGCAUGGCAUCUACGAUGGCGGCGAACCCCAACCGCAACCGCCGCCGCAGCAGCCCUCCCCACCCAGACGGGCGUCCGACGAAGAAUCCAACGGCACCCCGAGAAGACUAUCCCCGGACUCGGCGAGGCGGGCGCGCGACGCCGGAUUCCAACCCGACGCGCUCCGGCGUCUGGGCGUCGUCAACCCGGAAGCGUUCUGCGAGAUCUGCUGCAAGGAGUAUUGUAACAAGUAUUUCUUACGGACGCACCGGGAGCGGCGCCACGGCGUGCCGGCGCACCGCUCGCCCGGCGCCGAGCGCUCGCCGCAGUCCAUGACGCCGCCCAUGAUGAACUUCAACACGCCGGUCAGCACGCCGCUCGCGACGCCGCUCACCACCCCGCCGGCGCCUCUAGUCUCGCUCCCUCCACCGGACACGCCCCCGCGCUCGCACUCGCUUCCGCCGCCACUAGAUCCGGAAGAGAUGGCCGAAGUGAAGCGCGAAUGCGAGGAGGAGCUGGAGGCAGCUCUGCGCGACGGACAGACGAGUCCGCUCAACUUGAUCGUGGAGGAGCGCGGGUCCGCCUCGCCGGGGUCCGCCAGCGAGGAGCUCCGCAAGCUGCAGACGAUGAUAUCGCAGCUGAACGAGCUCGCCGCCGAGCGCCUGGCCGAGGAGCCCUCCUCGCCCGCGCCGCGAGCGCCGUCCUCGUCCCCGCCCACCCAGGACGAGCGUCGAGCCUCCUCGUCCGGCUCCAGCUUCUGCGAGAUCUGCAACAAGGAGUUGUGCAACAAAUAUUUUAUGCGAACACACAUGCAGCGGAUGCACGGGAUCUCGCUAGAGAGCGGCACGCAGUUGGGAGGGGUCACUUGCGAUAUUUGUCACAAGGAGUUGUGCAGCAAGUACUUCCUGCGCGUGCACAAGCACAACACGCACGGGAUCCCGGCGCCGCCCGCGCCGGCCAACGCCGCGCCCGCGGAGCCGUGCCCGCUGUGCGCGCGGCGGUUCCGCGGGCCGCGAGCCCUGCGCGCGCACCUGCUGGCCGAGCACGCGCCACCGGCGCGCCCGCCGCCACCGCCGCCGAGACCGCUGGACCUGCUGGUGCGGGACAAGCCCUACGCGUGCUCCUACUGCCCGUUCACGACGGACGUGUUGGCGUUUCUGUUCGCGCACGAGCGCGCGCACGUGCAGCAGCAGAGCGAGCCGCAGGAGAGCGCAAGCGAGCUGACUACGUCGACGGGGGCGGAGGGCGAGAGCGAGGGCGCGGAGGGGGAGAGCGAGGCGGAGGAGGGCGUGUACUCGUGCUCGCGCUGCGAGUUCCGCGCGGAGGGCUUCGCGGCGCUGGAGGCGCACCUGCGCGCGGCGCACUCGGGCGCGGGCGCGCUGCUGGCCGUGCCGCGCGCGCCGCAGGCCCCGCUCACCAUGCAGCCCUUCGUGGUGGAGGAGGCGGGGGGGGCGCUCAGCCUGGUGCCGGCGCUCGUGUUCCUGCCGGUGCGCCGCCGCGCCACGCGCCGCGCGACCGUCACGCUCACGCUGACGCCGGCCUAGCCGCCGCCGCCGCCGCCGCACGACGCCCGCGCGACCGCAGCCGCGACGACACCGCCGCGGUCGCGCGCUUCGAUCGCUGAACUGUACUAACUACAUUUAACGCUGUGUGCCUUCAAGCGAUUGCUAAAAAAUAUUAUGAGACGUAAUUAUAAUUGGGAGAAGCUGCCCCCCGGGCUCCGGCUUAUGUUGAAAGUCUAACUUCAUAUAUUGAGAAUUAUAUAACGGGUGAUAUAUGAAACGUUGCUUAUAUUUAAUUAUUUAUUAUCUCCUCGAUGUUCCUUUGGCCGAGACGAGUUUUUGAAACGUUCAUUUCGAUCGGGAGAAGAAAUACAACCUAGGCGUAAUUAUUAUUUAAAAUGUAUUUAUCGGUGAGUGUCGCUCACGAUA